AAUGUCAGAUUUUUUUUUUUAAUGAAAAAUUGGCAGAUCUAUAAUUUUGGGUUUGAGCUUUGAACCCAUUUGUUGUCUGUGGGCGGUGGCGGUUCCAGCUGUUCUUGCAGUGAGAGUGGCACGCACGUGCCGGCCGAAGGACGGAUUGGCAGAGGCAUUGCGUAUUGGGAGGUUACUAACUUAUAGAAUGAAAAAGGAGAUCCAGAGCAGAAACCAUACCAAAGAAGAAAUCUCCGGCGAUGGGGUUGGUACAAAGUUCAGAAUUAGAAUGAGAGGUGGCGGUGAUGAGGUGGCCGUGAAUUGCUUUAAGUCGAAGCUGCGCCGUCGCUGAAUCCAUGGAAAAGCAAAGUUGAAUUCUCUCCGACGAUUUAGAAAAUGGGAUGGCACAGAUGCCAAGGAAAUGGUUUUAGAUUUGGAUUGGGCGGGUGUUGUACCGUUGUUAUUGGAACUUGGAACCCCAAAUCAUCAACGAAAUUGUCUUUUGACAGUUUUAUCCUUCGAUUUGCUAUGAUUUUAGUUAAAUAUUCUUAUUAUAUUCUAAUAAAAAUUAUUUUAUGUU